CCCCCCCGCCUCACCCCUUCACCUACCCACCCUAUGGUGGGUGGGCGUGGUCGGGGGAGGGGCGUGUCACACUGUGGGCGUGGUCUCUCGAUGGUGGGGGUAAUGUCAAGGUCAUAUAGUGGGCGUGGUUUCUCGAUGGUGGGGGUAAGGAGAAGGCGUGGUCUUAUCAUUGAUUGGGUAAGGAGAGGCGUGGUCUCUCGAUGGUAGGGGUAAAGAGAAGGAGUAGUCUUAUCAUUGAGGAGGCGUGGUCUUAUCAAUGAUGUGGUAAGGGGAGGCGUUGUCUCACGAUAGUGGGAGUAAUAGGUAACUUAGGUGGGGGUGUUAAGGUAAAUUAAAAUGGUGGUUAAAGUGCGCAUGCGCACUAUAACUCCAUGUCAGGGGGUAGGGGAGGUAGCCAUUCGGAAAUGGUUGUUCACCUCUUACGAUGUCAUCUACUGGAGGGUAAGGUAAACCUCAUGUGAACUGAUAACGUUCACUGAUAAGCGUACACAUUACAUUGAAAUAGUGUAAUUCAAUUGCAUAAUAUUAACGCCGCAGGGGUGUCUGUUAACAAUUCCUACAUAGGAAGGGGUAAUGAAUCUUGAAUUAAACUAACCUAUAAUGGGUGGUGAUGAAACAAGACUUAUACUAAUUUGUCGCACAUCUAUAGAAUGUAUAUAAUAAAUAAAUUAUAACAAUUUUACUAUUGGCUACCAGACGCAUAGCUAAGCAUAUUUCCAACGUCAAAGGUACCGCCAUAUUAUAACCCAGACUAACAGACGGUUAGAUAAGCAUAUUUCAAAUAUCAAAGAGAUCACUGUACAGUAAAAUCGUAUGAAUCUUAUCAUCGGGUGUCAGACGCUUAGCUAAGCAUAUUUCAAACAUUAAAGGUAUCAUUACAUUACAUCGCUCAUAAGCGUCUGUAAUUUUUUUUAUGAGAACAAUGGCAACGUUUGUCGUUAUGGAAUUUUAUCAUGGGUAACCAGACGCUUAGCUAAGCAUAUUUCCAACGUCAAAGGUACCGCCAUAUCAUAAUCCGCAUUACCGUCUACAUUUUAUAAGAACAAAGACAAUGUCUGUCGUUAUGGCAUAAUAAAUUCUAAGAAAUUUAUCAUGAGUAACCAGACGCUUAGCUAAGCAUAUUUUAAACAUCAAAGAUUUCGCCGUACAGUAAUAAUCACUGUUGUAUGCAUUUAUUUUUUACAUAGUAUUUUAUUGUUGGUAACCAGACGCUUACGUCAGCAUAUUUCAAACGUCAAAUGUAUUACUAUAUUAUAACUCACAUUACCGUCUACAUUUUAUGAGAACAAUGGCAAUGUCUGUCGUUUUGACAUAAUAAAUUCUAAGAAAUUUAUCAUGGGUAACCAGACGCUUAGCUAAGCAUAUUUCCAACAUCAAAGGUACCGCUGUAUUAAUUAACGUUCAUAGACAUCUGCAUUUUUAUUUUUUACAUAGUAUUUUAUCAUUGCCUACCAUCAGAUGCUUAGAAAAGCAUCUCGUUAAUAUUAGUAUAUUACUAUUAAUUAUAUAAUUAAUAUAAUUACUAUAAUUGGUAAUAUAUUUUUAGAAUUACUAUGUUUAGGUUGCUAUAAUAGUAUAAUCGCUAUUAUUAUUAUUUUCUACUGCGCCUUUAAAAUAAUAAUAUGUGUAUCGCAUUUUAUUUUAUUAUAUUUAAUUUGACAAUUUUUUUAUACCUAAAACUAGAGGUAUUACAUUUAAAGUCGCUCCCCCACCACCAGCAACCACGAGUCAUCACUGCGUUUAUCAUUUAAUGUAUACAUUACAUUGAAAUAGUGUACGUCAAUUAUCGGCCGCACACUUGUCCUUGACUAUUACAGAAGUUAUAAUUAAUUGAAUUAUACAUAAUAAUUAUAACGUCGUUAUCGGUGGUUACAAUCAAGUAAUUGUCACCGUCGAGAACGUCCUACAUACAAUCGUUGGUAAUAACACUUCGGUGAUAACAGCUGAGUGGGUAAACCGAAUUGGGCGUGAGGUGCGCACAAUGUGUGAAACCCAAUGAAUACUAACCUAAGUCGUUGGGGGUAGGGGAUCUCCUCAACGUCCUAAUGAGCGAAGGGGUAAUGAAACUUAACUUGAAAACAACUGCCAUAUUAUAAUCCCACAUUACCGUCAACAUUUUACGAAAAAUAAUUGCUUUUUCUAAGAAUUUUUAUCAUUGCCUACCAGACGCAUAGCUAAGCAUGUUUCAAACAUAAAAGGUACCGCCAUAUCAUAAUCCACAUUACCGUCUACAUUUUAUAAGAACAAAGACAACGUCUGUCGUUAUGGCAUAAUAAAUUCUAAGAAAUUUAUCAUGGGUAACCAGACGCUUAGGUCAGCAUAUUUCAAACAUCAAAGAGGUCGCCGCAUAAAAAUGUCGUAUGAAUCUUAUCAUCGGAUGCCAGACGCUUAGGUCAGCAUAUUUCCAAAGAUGUUACAAUAUAUUAAUGGUCACUGUUGUAUCCAUUUCAUGAGAAAAAUGGCAACGUUGUCUUUUUUAACGCCUACGCAUUUUGUUAUUUUACUAUAUAACCGGUUAAACGCUCUGUAUCCUGUCACAUUCAUGUUUAAUUAACGUUAACGCACAGUUGAUUAUUUGAAAACUAUAAAUUUAUUAUUUUAACGCGCAAAUAAAAAAUCAUGAACCAGCAAACGUCUUCAACAGCUACUUCCACGACAUCUGUUUCGUCACAUCAGACGGCGAAGCGUAGUAGGGCCAACAACAGCGCGGUUAGGUCGAAAAGGUUACGUAUGCAAUUGACGGAUACCCGUGAUUUCACCGAGAUCGAUUCCGCAUUGGAGCGGGGGGCCGUUUGGUUUUAUCGGAAGAACGUGGAGAAUUUCGCGAGCUAUCGAGAUUUUCUGCGCGCCGUUAAACCCGAGCUGGUUGCCAGACUCGCUGAAAUUGUAGGUAACCGGCCGAUCAAGUAUAAUCUCAAAUUGGAGGCCUCAUACCAUAUACCGCGAUCAGAAGCACCGUCCGAAGACCGUGCCUUCAAGACACGGGCUAGGGCAUUGCUAUCCGAUACGGAUAUCGGGUGUGCGGUCGAUGAAGAUUUUGAGGUUAUGCUUGCCGAGGAAGACGCGUACUCGGGUAGGGGUAGCGGAUUCACGCUAACGCAUAUCGACGGCCUUAUGCUCAGCGUAUACAAGUAUACGCCCCUCGCCGGCUCAUCAUAUAUUCCUGUCCCACCAGAGAUUAACCAAAGAAAAGCAAUCAUCAACCCACAGAAUAUCGAUCAGUCUUGUUUCAAGUGGUCCAUUUUGGCAAGACACGUUGGAGGGAGUAAUAAAUAUCGCGUUAAUGAAAAAUAUUUUAACGAGGAACACAGGUAUGAUUUCACGGGAUUGACGUUCCCCACACCUGUGUCCCAAAUUAAAAUAUUUGAACGACGAAACCCUAACGUGUCUGUCAACGUGUACGGCUUGGAACGAGACGACGAUAAGAUGAAGUGGUUGGUGUAUCCGCUAAGAGUCGCCGACCAAGAGCAACAGAAUCAUUUUGACCUGUUGUACAUCGGUGACUCUGAAAAGUCACAUUACGCAUACAUUUCCGAUUUUUCGAGGCUUGUGCGCAGCCAAAAAACCAAACACCUAGGUCGCAUAUACACUUGCAAACGUUGUUUCACCAGUUUUGAUGAUCAGCCUAAAAAGCAUAUUCUUCGGGGUCAUCAAGCGUUGGAGCAACACAACUCUCACAAGACCGAUUUUGAUGAACAAUAUGUCAAAAGAUCACAAAUUGUGUGGCUGUUGUGGCUGUCAUUUAUUUUAGCUUCAGUGCAAAGCUAA